AUGUGGUCCCUUUGUAAGAUCGCAUUUUCCGUCCAAGUCGCCCUUGGCACUGUCUCAGCUGCAUUAAUACCUGCUACCAGAUCCAAUCAGGACGCAGUUUGGCCCCAGCGUCAGGCGAGUGUCAAGGACCAGCUUCUCCUCUCGCCGCCAACCCAGUUCACCAAAGUUCAGCAGAACGACAGCCUUUGUGAUGCCCGCAGUCGGCAGUGGACGGGCAAAGUUCUAGUGACUAACGGAAAUAGCCUCUUCUACUGGUACUUUGAAAGCCAGAUAUAUCCGGAACGAGCCCCGACGAUUCUCUAUCUGACAGGAGGCCCUGCUGAAGCCUUAGCCCAGCCCAUGCUCACUGGUGUAGGCCCCUGCCUCAUCAACAAGCACGGCAACGACACAACAUUCAACCCCUUCUCCUGGACUCGGAACUACAAUGUAAUUUUUGUUGAUGAAGUUGCGGGUAGCGGCUUUUCCAAGACCCCUGAAGGUGUGGAUUUUCAGCCGACAACUGCUCACGAGGUCGCUUCAGACGUCAAAGUCUUCCUCCGCAAGUUUUCUACAGAGGUAUUUCCUGAACUCGGCAAUCGUGAGUUUCACGUCAUCGGAGAAUCCUGGGGCGGCUUCCUGGCUCCUGUCGUGACAGCCUUUCUUCUCGACGACAAUCUUGGAGGCCCUCACGUGCCCGUGGACGUGAAAAGCACCGUGAUGAUCAGCCCUUUCAUCGAUAUGGGCUUCUCGGCACCUUCGUACUAUGAUACUCUAUGUGCAGGAGAAGAGGUGUAUCUAAAUACCACGGAAUGUGCGAGUAUAGGUGCAGCCGUGCCGCAAUGCGAGACUGAGGUACUUCAGUGCCGCCUUGCCGAGACGAAGGGGAGCUGUGACAAGGCAAUAGAGGCUUGUGGUCCUAUUAUGGCCGCUCCUUAA